AUGGUCAGGUUGAAGUGGUUAAUGAGUACCUUGGAAGGUGUAUCUGCCGUGUACCACGACAAGCUUGGUUCAGCUUGGCAAAAGUUUGAUGCAACACAAAUCACCAUACUUUUGAUGCUACAUCACAGUUUGAGAAAUUUUGUAUGGUGUGCGCUACUAGUCCAUCUUACUUUCCAAGAAACUCUAGAAAAGCUGAAGUCCACUAUUAUAACUCCUACUAAGCAUACUACAGAUAGAUUAUCCUGCUCUGAUGCAAGUUUAUCUGGGCCUGGAAAGAAGAGUCUUGAGAUCCUGCUGGUCAACGAUUAUUAUUUGCCAACCAGAAGGCUUGAGGAUUUUCAGCUUAAGGCUGGCUUUUGGGAAUCCAUCAGAGCUGGAUUUCUAAAGAAUAAUACAACACAGAUUAUUGAGCCACCAUCCACAUUAGAUGAAGGGGAAGAACCAGUGUCUGAGGAGUUUGUUCUUGUUGAAAGUACUGACGCAGAUGGAAUAAUUGAACAAAUAGUAUUUUCUUUUGGUGGAGAUAUUGAUAUGUAUGACCUUCAGGCUCUGUGUGACAAGGUAGGCUGGCCUAGGAGGCCACUGUCAAACCUAGCUAGAGCUCUGAAAAAUAGCUACAUGGUAGCCACGUUGCAUUCCAUUAGGAAAUCACCAGGAUCAGAGGGGAAUGAGCAAAAGAAACUAAUUGGCAUGGCCCGUGCUACAUCAGAUCAUGCCUUCAAUGCAACAAUUUGGGAUGUUCUUGUUGAUCCUAGCUAUCAGGGUCAAGGCCUUGGUAAGGCCCUUGUCGAGAAUCUUGUAAGGGCUCUUAUGCAGAGAGACAUAGGGAACAUAACACUUUUUGCAGAUAGUCAAGGUAUGACUCCUUUGAAAUGUAAUAUACAUAAUAUACUGAAAUCUAAUUUAAAUGUUACUUCUCAGAUUUUUAAUUACAACUAUUUCAAGACUUGACUGUUUUACUAUGUG